UUCUCGCUCCUCUGGCGCGCGGCGCCUCCGCCCCCUCGGCUCUCCUCAGAGGCUCCGAGACGCCUCAGCGGCGGCGGCGGCAACAACGUCGACCGUUGGCCGAGCAGGCAAGCCGGGUGUGGGGCGGGGGGGGUGUCCUUCUUUCUCCCGCGCUUUCCGGCUCCUCGUCUCGCCGCCAGCCGGCUUUUUCCCGGGCGUUCAGGGAGGAAGAGGACGAGGCGGCGGGACCUCGUUGCUGGUACGCCCGCCGGCCGGCUGGCUGGCCGCGGCGCCUCCCGCGCACCAUGCCGCGCGUCGUCCCGGACCAGCGGAGCAAGUUCGAGAACGAGGAGUUCUUCAGGAAGCUGAGCCGGGAGUGCGAGAUUAAAUAUACUGGCUUCAGGGAUAGACCACAUGAAGAAAGACAGGCCAGGUUUCAGAAUGCAUGCCGGGAUGGACGAUCUGAGAUAGCUUUUGUGGCCACAGGAACCAAUCUGUCUCUCCAGUUUUUUCCGGCCAGCUGGCAGGGGGAGCAGCGGCAAACACCGACCCGAGAAUACGUUGACUUUGAAAGAGAGGGAGGCAAGGUCUACUUAAAAGCACCCAUGAUCCUUAAUGGGGUUUGUGUUAUUUGGAAAGGCUGGAUAGAUCUCCAAAGAUUGGACGGCAUGGGCUGCCUAGAAUUUGAUGAGGAGCGAGCACAGGAAGAUGCAUUAGCACAGCAGGCUUUUGAAGAAGCUCGGAGAAGAACUCGAGAAUUUGAAGACAGAGAUAGGUCUCAUCGGGAGGAAAUGGAGGUGAGAGUCUCACAGCUGCUGUCAGUUACUGGCAAGAAGACAACAAGACCCUAGUCCUGGAUCAAACCUGGGAAGUGGCGAUGAUCUCAAAUUGCGUUGAGAGGCAGUGCUGCGCUUUUUAAACUUGGCAAAUGAUGGAAUUAAAAGACCAGAAACUGUGAUGACUGGAGAUAUAUAUAUAAGGAUAUAUAACCUUUCCCCUGAUCUGCGGCAGCCAAACUAUCAUGUCCUGCCAUGGUUUGCACUAUGUUUGUGUUGCAUUACCUGUGUUUCUGUUCUUUAAGCAUGUCGCCAGUGGGGAUUUGACAUUCUUGUUUUUUCUAUGCAAGCUUAUGAUUUCUUGGCACUAUUUUAGCAAAGAGAGAACUUUACACAGCCAUAAAAAUGUUCCUCAGCCAACAUUUGUUCAUUUCAGGAUGGGUCCGAAUAAAUGUUUGUGAGUUCUUUAAAAAACCAAAACUUUCUAAACUAAUUUUAUAUGAGAUGUUGGAAGUUUGUCAUAAUGUUCUUGCUUUGGACACACAGUCUUUGUGGUUAUCUCUUUUUGCACUUUUUUAUCAACUUGCAAAAGACUUUUACCCUUUUACAUAUGCAGCCUGAACCAAGUAACACAAGUGGUGUCUGCUGAUUUACUGAAUUACACGGUUUUAUUUUUAAAAGUACCAUAGUGUCCUAUUAUUUUAGUUUACAUUUCCAGUGGCUAAAUGUUUAAAGGAAUCUUAACCUGUCAGCAUAUUCUCCUGUAAAUUAAAUUCUGAAAUUGUUCUUCUGAAAUCAAGACAUUUAAGUAAUGGUUCAGUGUGUACAAAAUCUCACGCUGGUUGCAAGGUUCCUUUUUGUGUGUCUGCAUGUGUUUACUUUCCAUUGAUUCAAUAUUUUCCAGUGGGAUUAAGCUUUUGGGUAACAUUAAUCAAUAUUCACCUUGCCCUCCUUCCAUUUAUUAUUCAAGAAGUAUUCUCUGCUUUAUGUUGUAUCUAGUAGUUUUGCUCUGUUUAUCUAAGCAAUCCACUUGAAAUACCUACCUGCAAUAUUCAUUUAGACUUUUAGAGUGAGUAGAUAGAUAAUGAUCAUUGGCAGAAGAGUGGAUACUCCUUUUAGGUUGAAUCAUGGUUGUCUGAUUUUCAGUUUUUUUCAGUCUGCCAUCCAUGUAAAAUCCAAGGCAAAAUGCAAAGACAGGAUUCUGCCUGCUUACAUUUUUGCAAAAUUAACAUACCUCCUUGGUCUUUCAAUAUUUUUAGUCAACAAAUAAAGGGCUUGUUUUGUUCAUAAUUGGGUAAUGCAGCAGUUGAUGUUUCUUGUUCAUUUUGGAAACCCAUCUCCCUCCUCGUGAAGCAGAGUUGCUGGCCCAUCAAAUAUCCUCCGAGGACUUUAGAGAGUGAAUGAAAGUAGGAAAGUAAGCUAGCCAAGAGGACUAUUGGCCACAAACCAGGAAAGUGAGGUCUUCCUACUUCAGGUCUUCAUCCUUUUUAAAAAUUGACGUGGCACCAUUCCAAAUCGUGUAUGUUGGUUGGUGCGGCAGAUGAAAGCUAUGACCAGCUAUGGGUUAAACCAGUAACAUAGCAUACGAAUGCCACUCUUAGUGAGGAAAGUCAAGGAGAAUAAUGUCAAAAAAACAAACAAACUUGGUGCUUGUUCUGAGAUCUCUUACAGGGUUCAGAGGGUGAGGUGGUCGCUAGGGAAGUGGAGCCCAAAUAAGCCCACAAGAUUGAUCAUAGCAGGACCCAAGUCAGAAAGGCUGGUGGCUUUUGCACCAAGGAAAGGAAAGGAAUCGACUCAAAAGAAAUUGCCUUUGCAAUCACUACCACUCCCCAACAGAUUUCUAUAGUUAAGGCUAUACACAUCAUUUGAACCUCAGGAUUUUAAAGUUCUACUUACUUUGAGGAUAUAAUAAUGAUAAAACUGCAGUCAUCUCAUCUAAUUGUUUUCUAUCAGUUAUUUUUUGCAUUUAUAUUUCUACUGUUUUGUAUAUAAUCCUCUUCCCCAAAAUACUCUACUGAUCUCAAAAGAAUAACUAAGAUGCAUUAUUUUUUUUAAUAAUGGGAGAUGAAUUAGAAACAGCUACAGAUUUAUGUUAAUAGCUGGUGAAAUUCCCCAGACAUGACAACCCUAGAUUUUUAUCUUUACUGUAACGGUUGAUUGUUGAUGCUAUAGCCAGAUAGAUCUCUAAACAGAUCAUUGUCACACUUCAUUUUAUUAAUUUUGAUACUCUUUUUUCAGUGUGUGUUUUUUAUUUUCCUUAAGAAAUAAUGCUUCAAAGAGUUUCUAGCUGCUGUUAUCAUCCCUAAUGUUCUGUUCCCUUUUAUUCGCAAAUAGCAUGAUGUUUACCUGGUUUCCAAUAUGGUUUGAGGGAGGAAAAAAACCUUAAGUAUGCAAACUAUAUUAUCGCAUAUUAACCUUUGUGUGUAAAUAUUUUUAUCCUAUUCCUUAGAACCUUCUACUUAUGGUCAAUUCCAUUGAUCACAUUGGUUUAAUAAGGUGGGAUACAUAAAGGGGAUUUGCCAUAUUUUCAGGCAGUUCGUGAUAGAAUCAAUUAAAUCAAGACACCUAAAAUUGAUCAUAGUUUUCAAUUUCCAAUUGUUUAGAGAAUAAAGCAGAUUAUGAAAAACAUCACAAUUUUGCAAUCUAGUUUCUCCUUGACCUGACGUUCCUAUUUUAUUUGGAUUACACAUGAAGCUAUGGUUAAUUAGGAAUUUCCUGAUUUAAUGCCUUGUGAAGCAAAGGUUUAUUAAACCAAGGUAUGAUUGUCAAAAGAGACCGCUAUAUCUUAAUGCUGGCAUUAAGAUCAACAAAUGUUUUCUGUUGCUAUUUUGUGCAAACCUAUUGAACUUAAACAUUAAGUUAUUGAUGCAAUUUAAUAUUUUCAUAAUUUCUAUUUAAACAGAAGUUGCAUCAUCUUCAUAGAACAUAUUUUGAGAGUUGCCUUAAAGCAUCAACAUUGCUUUUGCUGUCUUUUUCUCUGUCAUGUUCAUAAUAAACUUCUGUGUAGUGAAA